AGCUAUUUAAAAUUUUUAUUUACAGGUAGUUAUAAACGAAGAGCUCAUGCGAAACCUCGUGGCCACGGGCAGGGAGAGCGCGGCAGGCGCGUCGGCCGGGGCGGGCGCGGCGGCCGGGGCGGGCGCGUCGCAGCGGCCGAAGAGUACGUGGCGCGAGCUGCUGCAGUCGCGGGUGCUGGCGCUGCGCUUCGCGGUGGUGGCGUGGUGCUGGGCCGUCACUACCUUCGUGUACUACGGCCUCACCAUCAACUCCGUGUCGCUGUCCGGCAACAAGCACGUCAACUUCGCGCUCACCAUGUCCAUGGAGAUCGCCGCCUGCUUGCUCAUCAUGAUGGCGCUCGAGCGCAUCGGCCGGAAGCUGUGUAUCCUCAUGGCGUUCUUACUCUGCGGCGUCGCUUGUGUCUCGCCGUUUUUUGUCAGUCACGAGGGCACGUUGCUGGGCCUGUUCUUCGUGGGCAAACUGGCGAUCGCGUUCGCGUUCAACUCGCUGUACGUGUUCACGGUGGAGCUGUACCCCACGCACGCGCGCUCCUCCGCGCUGGCCGCCUGCUCGCUCGUCGGCCGCAUCGGCUCCGCGCUGGCACCGCAGACGCCGCUGCUCAACAGGAACGUGCAAGCGAUAAUAUACGCGGUGUGCAGCGGGUCGGCGGCGCUGGUGGUGCUGCUGGCGCCGGAGACCCGCGCGGCGCGGCUGCCGCAGCGCGUGAGCGACGCCGAGGUGCUGCGCAGCCAGCAGCCGCCGCUGCAGCCCGCGCCGCCGCCGCCGCCGCCGCGCCGCGUGCUCUCCGCCACCGACAAGUGACGCGCCGCGCUCUCACUAACUCUGUAUUCUGUUCUGUACUCUGUAAGGUUGAUCUCAUCGCCGCACUCUGAUACCAACUCUCAUAGUGAGCCACUUGCUAUUGCGGCAGCGACACGCUUCCACGGUCACAACAGUUCUCUAUGUUCUACGGAUAGAGCUACCAGAGAUAAAACUAUGACCUAUUUAUGUGAAGACUACGACAUAAUUCUGUCUCUAGUGAGCCAUCUCGGUGGUUUCCUGUCAGCAACGACAGUCGGUUAACACAAUCUCAUGUGAAGCACGUCUUCAUCGGUGUCGAGCUUAUUUUCUUAACUGAAAAAUAAAAAAUAUUGGAUGAGUUUUAUAACUCUACUCGCGUUUUCCAAAUUCUUAUGCUGCCAGUGUGGUCUGCCUGUAGGUGUAAAAAGUCGCCCAUGGUGCUCCGAUCAAUUCGGAUCUAUCUUAAGUAUUUAUGUUUCGUUAUCUGUGAUAAUUAUAAUGUGUACUUACUGGAUCGUGUAAAAUAAUAUUAUUUUGUAAUAAAUGGUAUAAUUACGUA